CUAAUCUCUAAAUCCCAAACAUGUCAAACAAUUCAAUGGGGAAAAAGCUUCAAGGCAAAGUAGCCAUCGUAACCGGCGGCGCCAGCGGCAUCGGCGAGACCACCGCCCGCGUCCUGGCCGACCACGGGGCGCGCAGGGUGGUGAUCGCGGACAUCCAGUCCGAAAAGGGCCACGCUGUGGCGAAAGCCAUCGGCCUGGAGCGGUGCAGCUUCUUCCUGUGCAACGUGACCGACGAGGACCAGGUCGAGACCCUGGUCAAGUGGACGGUGACGACCUACGGCGGCCUCGACAUCAUGUUCAGCAACGCCGCCGUCGUCAGCACCUCCCUCCAGACCGUCCUCGACCUGGACCUGUCGCAGUUCGACCGCGUGAUGAGCGUAAACCCGCGCAGCAUGGCAGUGUGCGUGAAGCACGCCGCGCGUAAGAUGGUGGAAUUGGGAACCAGGGGAGCUAUCAUCUGCACGGCGACCACGGCCGCGGAGAAGCCGAUGAUGAACACCACGGACUACGUGAUGUCGAAGCGGGCGGUGCUGGGGCUGAUGCGGUCCGCGAGCUUGCAGCUCGGGAAGCACGGGAUUCGGGUCAACAGCGUGUCACCCGGGAUGGUGUACACGCCGCUGGCCGCGAAUAACGGGCUGCCGACGCCGGAGGCACUGGAGGAGUACAUUGGGCCCUACAUGAGCCUGAAAGGGGAAACGGUCACCGCGGAGAAUGUGGCGGACGCGGUGGCGUUUCUGGCUUCGGAUGAGGCGGCGCUUGUCACCGGAGUUGAUUUGAAGGUGGAUGGUGGGAUCAUUGCCAUGCCAUUCCUUGAAUCAAACUAAUCUAUGUUUGAAUAAAUUAUCAAAUCUAUAAUUCCAAUAAAAUUACCCCAAAAUGCGCCCGAGCGCCACCCAAUCGCUAUGACGAUUGUUAAAUAAAAUUGGAUUUUCUUUUCUUGAAUUGUUACAUUUUCUUUUUUUGUUGAGUCAAGCGUAAUAAAUUCAUUUUUGGAUUUUCUUUAUCA